AUGCUGAUCGUGGGGUGCCCGGGGCUGAGAGGCGGCAGCGGGGUGGAGGGUCGGGGAGGAGACCCCAAGGUGCCGGUGCUGUACGAGGUGGAGCGGACCCGUACGGGGAAGAGCUUCUCUGUCCGUUCCGUAAAGGCCAUCCAGCACGGAAAGCCAAUCUUCACCUGCCAGGCCUCCUUCCAGCUCUCCCAGGGGAGCCCAGUGCAGCACCAGUUCACCAUGCCUACUGUGCCACCCCCUGAGGAGCUGCUGACGCAAGAGGAGCUUAUCCAGAAGUUUCUGCAGAAUCCUAACUUGGCGGAGAGAUACAGAAAGCAUCUCAACAAGAUUCAAGCCGAAGAUGUGCCGAUUGAUAUCAAACCCGUAAACCCACCAGACAUAUUCUGCUUGGAGCCGCAAGAGCCAAAGCAGCUCUUCUGGGUGCGAGCACGAGGCUACAUAGGAGAGACUGACAUGAAGGUGCACUGCUGCGUGGCUGCCUACAUCUCCGACUAUGCCUUCCUGGGCACGGCUCUGCUUCCGCACCGGCAGUACCACAUCAAGUUCUUGGUGUCCCUCGACCAUUCCAUGUGGUUCCACGCGCCCUUCCGAGCAGACCACUGGAUGCUGUAUGAGUGCGAGAGCCCCUGGGCUGGUGGGUGCCGGGGACUGGUGCAGGGACGGCUGUGGCGCCGGGAUGGGGUCCUGGCUGUCACCUGUGCGCAGGAGGGAGUCAUCAGGGUGGAGCAAAAGCCAAACCAGAGCAAGCUCUAGCUGAGGAGCCCCCGUGGGCUGGGGCUUGGGCACGCCGAGGAGGAACC